AUGGCGGGUGAAAACAACGACACGAAUGACCUUGAGGAUGGCAGAGCAUCACGCACUCCAAACAAGCAAUCCCAAGCACGUCGAAAGCAGUCAAAAUCUACCCUUAGGCAUCACUCAGUACAUCACCAAGACGAAGAUAAUUCUUCAGAGGAGCUCAGACAGCCUAGCGAUGCAGAUGAGGAUAUUCCAGCGCAUGAGCUGACUUUGAAAGAGAGACAGAAUGCUAUCAACAUCGAGCAUCCAUUCGGUCUCCCAAUCUGGAAACCUGCUCUUUAUAAGAAAUCUAGGAGCGCAACCGAAGCGGCAAAUAAUGCGCUACACUCUGAGCCAACGUCCCAUCCAAGCAGCUUUACAAUGGCUAACAUAGCCUGGUUUCUCUUAGCUGGUUGGUGGCUUUCUCUCCUGUGCUACUUGGCAUCCGGUUUUCUCUUUUUGUUUGAGUGGACCAAAAAAGACAGUCUCUGGGUAACGCUGCUUUACGAUCUAGCCUGGUAUAUUUCUUGGCCAUUUGGAGGCAAAUACGUUGAAGGCGCUGGACGUGAUCCGCAAUCACAUCAUGAAGACGGUGAAAUCAAUAACAACGAGCAAUCCACUUCACAAAACGACGAGUACAGUGCGCUUUUACAAAGAUCACAACGUGAGACGAGCUACGGUGCCGUCCUUGAGAACAUCAAUCAACACAAACCAUCUCCAAAGAGAUCCAAGAUAGCAGAACGCGCUUAUUAUACUUUGUUGAUCGGGUUGCUAGCACCACCACUCUGUCUAGUAUCCCUGCUUAGUUUUUUUGCAGUUAUACCAAUCCCGAUGGGAAAGCUUCUCUACGAAUUAAUUGGAUACCUAUACGCAUCACCUAAGCAGACUCGUUUCAGACCAGCACCUAGGGUUUUAGUACCUACUCCUUCCAACGAUAACGAUGAGAAUGAUGGCAGUCUACCUGCUAAUCAGUUCACAGUGCCAAAACUUAAAGCUGGGCAAUCAUUACCACCUACAAAGCACGGAGAAACCUCUACGGUAUUACUAUGUGUUUACAAUGCAGGUGGCACUCGUUAUUACAAGUUUACAGUUGGUGGUGUGAAUAUCUUCUUCGUCAAUCUCUUGCCAUUGGUGUUUUUGGUUAUCCUGGAUGCCUUCUUAUUACAACCUUACGUUGAGAAGAAGGGUAUUACAUCAGGCCCAUUGGCAUUGAUAACUUCUAGAGCCCUACUUUUCGUUCUAUCACUAUCAUCUGUCAUCCCAUUAUCUUACUUUAUUGGUAUGGCAGUCGCGUCUAUAUCUGCGCAAUCAAGUAUAGGUGUCGGUAGUGUGAUCAACGCUACAUUUGGUUCACUUAUCGAGAUACUCAUCUAUUCAUUCGCGUUGAUGGACUCCAAGUCUAGUCUGGUCGAAGGUUCACUUGUCGGUUCUGUCCUGGCUGGUGUGUUGCUCAUGCCUGGCGCUUCUAUGUGUGCGGGAGCACUGCGUAAAAAGGAGCUUAGGUUCAAUGCCAAAGCUGCCGGUGUUACUUCAACGAUGCUGAUCAUGGCUAUCAUUGGUACGUUGACGCCAACCCUGUUCUACCAGACCUAUGGUAUUACUCAGCUAGUGUGUAAGGGUUGUCCUAAGAACGUACCUUUGGACGCACCAUGGAGCUGUAAAAGAUGCUUCUACCAGCAUGUUGAUCCACAUACCGAUUCAUUCUAUCAAGACAAUGUUAAGCAUUUGAUGUACUUCUGCGCAGCUGUACUUGUUCUGAGCUACUUGGUUGGACUAUGGUUCUCACUCCGCACGCACGCAUCGCAGAUCUGGCAAAACCCUCAGCAACUGAUGCAUCAAAUGGAGGGUGUACAGAAUGCCCAACCCAAUCCAGCAGCUUUGCAACCAAAGCAUCGCGCUUCUUUCUUUAAGAAGGGUGGAUUGCCAGUGACGAACGACCCAACAACACCCAAGAAGCAAGCACCUGUAAGACCAGCCACGGCGACAUUGCAGAAACAGCAACCACCACUACAAACACAAGCAUCUUCCAAUAGUGUGCAAAUGCGCGGCUCGCAGCCUACGCUUGUCCAGGUGCCACCUAGUAUGGCAGGCGAGGAUUUUUCAAGAGCAAUCGUGGCAGAAAAUCCAACAGAUCGUCCACCAAGCCUAACACAAUCGGUACCAGAGGGAUCAAUUGGAGGUGCGCCACCUUCUACUCAAACGGGACACGAUAGUGGUCAUGGUCAAGGUGAAGGUGGUCACGAAGCGCCAGAAUGGAGCAGAACUACCUCGUCUACCGUUCUUCUUGCAUGCACAAUAUUAUAUGCUGCAAUAGCGGAGAUCUUGGUCAAUGAGGUAGAUGUCGUUCUCGAAGGUAGCAGCAUACCUGAGAAAUUCCUCGGUAUAUCUCUAUUUGCACUCGUUCCUAAUACAACAGAAUUUAUGAACGCUAUGUCAUUCGCUCUAAAUGGAAACAUAGCGCUAUCUAUGGAAAUCUCCUCGGCAUACGCUUUACAAGUAUGUUUAUUACAAAUUCCAGCUAUGGUUUUAUUCUCGGCCUUGACUUCAGAUGCAAACACACCUCCUCAAAAUGUUUUUGUCUUGAUCUUCCCAAGAUGGGACGCUAUCGCUAUCAUAUUCGCCGUGUUCUUACUCACGUAUAUGCUCACGGAAAGUAGAAGCAACUAUUACAGAGGCACGAUCCUCAUAUUGAGCUAUCUAGUAUUGACAGCAGGUUUCUACUACGCGCCUGUUCGUACACGUGAUGAUUCAGAUAGUCUGUUAACUGGAAUGGCUACCGACGGUGUUUUAUGCAACGAUAGCACUCUUCAUCUCUAUCAGAAGGUCUGGUUUAGCUUUCAAUCGAUGUUUUUAAUGUAA